AUGCCGGGAGCGGUAGUCCGUGCGGGUAGGCGUGGGCCGGGCCAGGCGUGGGCGGGAACUACAACUCCCGUCAGCCUUUGCCGCCCCCCACCUGCUUCCUGCCCGAGGGGUCGGACCGAUCCUAAUGCGGGUGGCGCUGAUUGGCUGAGAGCGGCACUCUCAGUUCCUCCCACCCAAUCGGCGUGCGCUACACUGCGUGGUGCGCGAAGCCGGCAGCGGAGCGCAAUGUUCCUGGUCGGGCUCUCGGGUGGAAUCGCGUCGGGGAAGAGCACGGUGGUGGCCGUGCUCCGGGAACUGGGCUGUGCCGUGAUUGAUGCUGAUGUUAUUGCCAGAGAGGUGGUGCAGCCCCGCCUGAAGGCCUAUCGGCAGAUCGUGCGUUGCUUCGGCCCCGAGAUCCUCCUGGAGAGCGGAGAGAUCGACCGCGAGGCGCUGGGAAACAUCAUCUUCUCCCACCCCGAGAAACGGCGGCUGCUGAACGCCAUCACCCACCCCGAGAUCCAGAAGGAGAUGCUGAAGCAAGUCUUGAAGUACUUUGUGCUAGGCUACCGCUACGUGAUCCUCGACAUCCCUCUGCUCUUCGAGACCAAGAGGUUGACCAAGUUCAUGAAGCACACCGUCCUGGUGUACUGCGACCCGCAGACCCAGCUGGCACGGCUGAGGAAGAGGAGCGGGCUGUCCCAGGCUGAGGCCGAAGCACGCAUCGCCUCGCAGCUGCCGCUGGAUGAGAAGCGCCGCCUGGCCGCUCACGUCAUCGACAACUCCGGCGACCGCGAGAGCACGCGCCAGCAGGUGCUGCGGCUGCACGCGAGGCUGGAGGAUUCCCUGGACUUCCUGUGGGCACGGCUGGCGGUGGGGACGGCCGUGGCUGCGCUCGGAGGGCUGCUGUACCUCCUCCUCCAAUGUUUCAUCUCUUAAUUCACCUUUUUAGGGUUUUUUUUUUCUUUUUAUUUUUUUUUUCCCCUCAGUUGUUUUCCGAAGGCCUGGAUUUCCAGGUUUGAAAAGGGCACUGAAAGGCCACCUGUUUUAAUGAGCUUUGCCAGCUGAAUGCAGACGGCGGGGUGAGGUUUUCUCCUGCUGACUUCCCAAGGUGAAUGUGAGUUUUCUUCCA